AUGGAAUUCUAUAUUGGUGUUCUGCUAUUAGUUUCGAACUACUUAUCCCUGUGCUCAUCCUAUUCCCUCACCACUGAUCAAUACUCUCUCAUUUCCUUCAAAAACUACACUACCAAUUCCACCUCCCUCAACAACUGGUCUACUCAAACUCCCAUCUGCCGAUGGAUUGGCGUCUCCUGCGGUGCCAAACACCGCCGCGUCACCGCCCUAAACCUCCCCGCUCUCGCCCUCCAAGGAACCAUCGCCCCACACCUCGGAAACCUAACGUUUCUCCGAGUUUUAAACAUCCCUUCCAACAAUUUCACGGGCGUCUUACCAACUGAGCUAUCCAAACUGCACCGCCUAGAAUAUUUAAACGUCGGAGCUAACAACCUCACCGGAGAAAUACCACCGUGGCUCGGAGGCUUGUUCCAGCUCCGGCGUAUGCAUCUCCGUAGCAACAGAUUAUCCGGCGGAAUCCCUUCUUCUUUGUUCAUCAAUAAUUCAAGGCUUGAGGUGUUGGAUUUGGAAAACAAUCAGUUGAUCACAGGGCCAAUACCAAGUGCUAUCUUCAACGUGUCUUCGCUGUUAUCGAUCAAUUUGGCGCGUAAUAAGCUCUCCGGAAAUCUCCCUAUAAAUAUGUGCAGAAAUACUCCUAAACUUAGAAAUUUCAGUGCUGGUGGGAAUGAACUUUCAGGUGAAAUUCCAAAAAACAUAGCUCAAUGCAGAGAGCUUGAGAUUCUGGAAUUGCAAGCCAAUUAUUUUAAUGGCCACAUUCCAACCGAAAUUGGACUUUUGAGUAAGCUCAAAUAUUUAUUACUAUGGCAAAACGAAUUCCAAGGCAGCAUUCCGGGGCAAGUAAUUGGGAACCUCACAUCGCUGAUAUGGCUGAAUCUCCAAUCCAAUAACUUCACAGGUAGUAUACCAAGGCAAGGUUGGAACCUCCCUUCUCUGACUUUUCUAUCCCUUGAUUCUAAUAACUUGACAGGUAGCAUACCUGAGGAAUUUGGGAACCUCGCUUCCCUUGAAAAUCUAAUCCUUGCUACUAAUCAAUUGACUGGUAGCAUACCAAAGGAACUUGGAAACCUCACUUCCCUCAAACUUUUACAACUGGGUGUAAAUCACUUGACUGGCAAAAUACCAGAAGAGCUUUCUCAUUUGCCAUCCCUCAGUAACCUCAUUCUUACAGAUAAUUUGUUGUUUGGCACUAUCCCACCUGGCUUCUUCAAUAUAUCAACCUUGCAACAAUUAGACCUUUCAUACAAUGAGUUUUCUGGUACUCUUCCUUCGAACAUCGGCCUCACACUCUUCAAUCUUCAACAGCUAGCUUUACAAAAUAACAGUCUCAGCGGCCCUAUUCCAUCCUCUAUCAACAAUGCUUCUCAGCUUACUUACUUGAACUUGCAAGCCAAUUCAUUCACCGGAUACAUUCCAAACCUGUCUAGUUUACGCCUCUUAACUCGAAUAUCGCUUGCUAAAAAUAAUCUGACUGGAGCAAAAUCCCCAACUCAAGAGCUGGAAUUUCUUGACUCGUUAACUAAUUCUCAGUAUCUAAACUUUAUUUAUGUGGCUGAAAAUCCACUCAGUGGUGUUCUCCCUGCUUCCAUUGGGAAUCUAUCUCAGUCCCUUGAGUUUUUUUCUGCAUCUCAGACGAGUAUGGGAGGUGUCAUUCCUUCUGAGAUUGGAAACUUGACAGGUUUGGUGACUUUGAUCUUCAAUGACAAUCAGUUGAGUGGACCAAUUCCAGCAACACUAGGAAAUUUGAAACAACUUGGGAGAUUAGUCCUUGCUAAUAAUCAGUUAGAAGGACAUAUCCCGAUUAGUCUUUGCCAGAUGAGUAGUCUCUCGGAGGUGUACUUGAUAAACAAUGAGAUCGACGGCUCAAUACCAGAAUGUGUGGGUGAAAUGCAGUCGUUAAGACGGAUUGAGUUUGGAUCAAACAAGUUAAAUUCCACCCUACCUUCCAGUUUCUGGGAUCUCAAAGACCUUCUCUUUCUAAACUUGUCCUCAAACUAUUUGGGAGGUGAAAUCUCACCACAGAUUGAAAAAUUUAAGGCCAUCAACCAAAUGGAUUUCUCCUCUAAUCUAUUUUCCGGUGAUAUUCCCAGCACAAUCGAUGGUUGUGAAUCGUUAGAGUAUCUAACUUUGUCGAACAACAACUUUGGAGGAUCCAUCCCUCAGUCACUGGGAAACAUCAAAGGCUUGUUGUUAGUGGAUUUAACUAACAACGGUCUUUCUGGAGUGAUACCUAAAUCUUUACAGGACCUCAGAUUCUUGGAGUAUCUUAAUGUGUCUUACAACAGAUUGGAAGGGGAGAUUCCAAAUGGAGGUGUGUUUGCUAACUUUACAGCUGAAUCAUUUCUUCACAACUCUGGUAUGUGUGGUGCACCAAGAUUUGAAGUUCCACCUUGCUUAGAUGUUGAUGGAGGAUCGAGAUCAAAGAGCACUACUCGUUUAGUGAAGUAUAUUCUACCCCCUCUCGUUUCGGCUAUGGUUUUAGUGAUCAUUGUUGUUUUUCUCAUAAGACGACGGAAGCAUGUAAAACUACCAGUUCCAGUUGAUACUUGGGUAGGUGUUGCUUGGAGAGUUACUUCAUACAAUGAGCUUUUGCGGGGAACAGAUUCUUUUAGUGAGACGAAUCUACUUGGAAGAGGAAGCUUUGGUUCGGUCUUCAAAGGAGCAUUUUCUGAUGGGAUGAAUUUUGCCGUGAAGGUGUUCAAUGUAGAGUUAGAAGGUGCUAACAAGAGCUUCGAAACAGAAAGUAGAAUACUGAGCACCAUUCGACAUAGGAACUUAGUUCGAGUAAUUGGUUGUUGUACCAAUAUGGAAUUCAAAGGGUUGAUUCUUGAAUUCAUGCCAAACGGAAGCCUUGAGAAAUGGUUAUACUCGGAUAACUAUUCUGUAGAUAUUCUACAGUUGCUGAAUAUCUCAAUAGAUGUUGCACUAUCUCUGGAAUAUCUUCACCAUGGCAACACAUUCCCAAUCGUGCAUUGCGAUAUAAAGCCAAGUAAUGUGUUGCUCGAUGAAGACAUGACCGCUCGUGUUGCUGAUUUUGGUAUCGCGAAGCUUUUUGAGGAAGGAGAGGCUAUGGUUCAAACUAAAACCCUAGCUACGGUCGGUUAUGCAGCACCAGAGUAUGGAUCGGAAGGGAAAGUAUCGACGAGUGCCGAUGUAUACAGUUUUGGAAUAUUGUUGUUAGAGAUGUUCACAAGAAAGAAGCCGACAGAUGAUAUGUUCAAUGAGGAGAUGAGCUUGAAGGAGUGGGUAAGUGGAGCAUUAGAAGCAAAUGCCAUCAAUCAAGUAUUGGCCCCUGCUUUGCUAUCAGAAGAAGAUGGUCAUUUCAUCAUGAAGCAUAAUUGGAUGAUAUCAGUAUUUGAAUUGGCAAUGAAAUGUUUAGCUGUUUUACCAAAUGAAAGGAUCAACAUGAUCGAAGCAGCAGCCACUCUGAAGAAGAUCAAGGCAGAAGUUGCAAGAAGAGUGACCAUAAGGGGUCAACAACAUGCAAUUACAUUUACUUGAGAAGAUGGCUUCGUAUAUUACUCACAUGGUACAACUAUAUUGUCGUUUGUAAAAAUAAAUUUUAAUUAAAGACACUGUUGUCUAGUUGAGAAAUGGUCUACUAAUAUUUCUGACCAAUUAUAGAAAAUUAUAAAAUCGU